GAAGGACCGAUUAGUCCAAUGCUGACCUAGAAAACAAUUGAACCACCAAAGCAUCAUACAUGUUACACAUGAGACUUAAACCAAAAGAGCACAAACGAAAUAAUACCUGUAAAAAUAAUAAAGUAAAAUACAAAUAAUGAAUUGAAGCUUUUGACUCUAAAGUUAGAGACUUCAAUUGCUGCCCUAGCCAGGAUUUGAACCCAUGAUCUCCAGGUGUCAUGCCUGUCACUCAUCUGGUUGAGCUACAGGGGAGACACACAUAGAGACAGCUGCUUAAGCUCGAUUGCUGAAGUGACAAUGUGUAUGUUCAAGUUUGGAAAGAUUUUUCUCAAGAACAGAAUAUUUCUUUAAAUCCCUUGUAGGUAGUCAAACCUGUUCGAACAUUUGACUCUACAUGACACAAAUUUGUCAACCAUUUUAAUUGCUGCCGUACGCUGGAUUUUCAUUCUAAACAAAUAUGAACUGAAUAUGGUAAUACCGUUGUUGUCUGUCUGGGUAUAUUAUUGAACUUUUUGGUGUCAUGCAGGUGAAACGUUCAAGUCCCUCAGGUUCCAGUACAGGAUGGGAACCAGCACCAUCUCACAAAUAGUCUUUGAAACCUGUUCUGCUCUGUACAAGGUUAUGAAGGACGAUUUCUUGAAGACACCAUCAACGGAGGCAGAGUGGCGUACAAUAGCCAUGGACUUUGAAAGGAAAUGGCAGUUUCCACAUUGCCUUGGGGCACUUGACGGAAAGCAUAUUUACAUACAGCCUCCAAGAAAAAGUGGGAGUCUUUACCACAAUUACAAGGGCAGGUUCUCUGUGCUUAUGAUGGCUGUAGUAGAUGCAAACUACAAGUUCAUCUAUGCAAGUGUGGGUACCCAAGGCCGGGUUUCAGAUGCCGGACUGUUUGCUCACUCUGACCUGCGCAAAGCAAUGGACGAGGGCAGACUAAACUUUCCCCAACCUGAGCCCUUGCCUAAUUCUGACACAAUGAUGCCCUACAUGUUUGUAGGAGAUGAUGCAUAUCCCUUAAGGCAUGACUUAAGGAAGCCAUAUCCAUUCAGGCAGAUGGACCACAGUCAGAGGGUUCUUAACUACUGUCUGUCUAGGGCACGACGGGUGGUAGAGAAUGCAUUUGGUAUUCUUGCCAACCGAUUGAGAGUUUUCAGGUCAACCAUAUGUUUGGAGCCAGACAAGGUGGUGAAGAUAACAAUGGCCUCCCUGUGCAUCCAUAACUUCCUAUGCGAACGCAGGUCAGAAGCAUAUACCCCUCCAGCUUUUGCAGACUGGGAGGCUGCUGACCACAACAUGGUUGAUGGGCAAUGGAGGAAUCAUGGGAUGGGUGCUUUUCAACCAAUUGAGAACACCUCACAUCGCAAUUGUACAGCGACAGCUAAAAUGCAACGCAAUGUGAUGCGGGACUACUUUGUCUCACCAGCGGGUAGUGUUUCUUGGCAGGACCAACACAUUUAAAAAAUGACUGAUGUAGUUAAAGACUCAGUACAUAUCAGUUUAGGACAUUUGUUUUCUUGUGUGUUAUAAAGCCCUGUUAUUAAAGAACACAAAUGUGGUUUACAUUCAUUGUUUAAGUAUUCUGUUUAUUGUUUUCUUAUUGUUCAAUUUGUUAUUUUUUUAAAUUGCAUACAAAUUCAAAGAUGCAGCAAUGUAACUAAUAAAAGCAACUAGUUUGUUGCAGUUAUGUACCUUACACUACCUUUAUUUCUUGUGUGUUAUUUGUCAUUAAUUGUUCAUGGAACAUUAUUAGUAUGUCUGUGGCGGUACAUGCUAACAUAUCAUAUCAUGAUAAAAGUAAGUUGAAAAACCAUUUGAAACAAAGUAAAAGGUGGUAAAAUGAGACAUGUAAUCAAAUAAAAGAGGGAUUGAAACACUUUAAAUAGA